AGAGACGCGGCGCGGCGGGAUAGAGCGCCGCUCGGCGGGAGCCAUGGAGGAGGCCGCCAUCCUGCGCGUGCGGCACUGCGGCGCCGCCAUCUUCUGCCGCCGCGCGCCCCCGCUCUGCCCCGCCUGCGGCCGCCCCCUGCGCGGCGCCGGGCUGCGCUCGGCCCCCGUGCGCCUGCCCUGCCCCUUCCGCCACGGGCACCGGCAGCCCCGCGCGUUCCUGCUGCGGCCCUCCGCCGGCAGCUUCCUGGGAGAAUACGACGGGAACUCUGAUCUCCACGUCGGAAUAUCCAGCACUCAGGGAGUGGUGUAUAAUUACAAUGAAGAGGGCAUUCACAGAGAUGGAACCGGAUGGGAGCAGUGCAUUAGUGUCCCACUAGUACAGCCAGAUAUGUUUGAGCUUCUUCAGCAGUGGGAUCACCUCCUAGAGGAAUUUUCUAUGAGAGAGGAGUGGCUUCCUCACAGGUAUGAAGAACAUGACCACAACUGCUACACGUAUGCACUAGCAUUCAUUAACAGUGUACUGACUGCACAAGGAAAGCAGCAAAUGAGUAAAAGUGAAUUUACAGAGAAGUUUGUGAUUCCACAGACAAAGAAUGCUUCUAAGUAUAUUACUGUUCAUCAGGAGCUAACUACUAAAGACUUCUACAUUGUACCCCUUCCUGAUCAAGAAAAACAGUGCUGAAAAUAAGUUGCACCAUGAAAGCGUCUACAAAAUGCUACAUGAAAAGGAAGCCUUAAGACAUCAGACCUCAUUAGGAUGCAGUCUGCCUGAUGUACUUAAAAAGACAAAUAACUUUACAUAUGUUAGCCUGUGCAUCAUGGAAGGAACCUGUAUUUGGAUAAAAUAACAUGCUUGCAAAAAAAAAUUGCUGUGGGGACUACCAAUGUGGCAAAAUGCUUUCCUAUUCACAUUCAAUAUACGUUGUGUUCUGUUGAGACAUUUAAUAUUAGAAAUGGUAACGGCUGUAUAAUUAAGGGUUUUUAAACAAAUCAGCUGUUGAAAUAAGCUCUUUUAAACCAAACAUUUUUAACAUCACAUGUAUGAUUAAAAAAAGGAAUUUGUGCUUGCAUACUGCUCAAAUCUAACGUCUGUGACAAAGCAGUCAUUUUCCUUUACUUCAACUACUAGUAAAGCAUACAGUAUUUAUAACAAACAAA